AUGGACGCCCAAGAAGAUGACAGCGACAUCAAGCUGCAGAGGGUCUCGUCCGAUCUCAUUGCGGACUUCUCCCGCUCCCUGCCCCUCUUCCUUCGGAAGCCUGACGGCAAGACCCUCCGCACCCGUGUCCGCAUAUCUGAGACGGCACGCCUGACUUCGAGUCUCCUCGACCCGUUCCAGGAACUCCCGCAACUCCUGGACCCCCACCUGCCCACCUGGCUGCCCCUCCUCGCAUCCACCUACCUCGCCCAACUCAACGCCCGCACCCGCGCCCGAACCCGGGCGUCGGCUCCGUCCACGCCGGCCCCGUCCUCAACCCGCUCGCAGCUACUCGAGCCCCUGGGCCUUGCCAUCGCCAAGCUCAUAUACACCUUCACCAAGAUCCGCGGCGAAAAGGUCAUCGUCCGCUUCCUCAACGUCGAGUCCCGCCACAUCGAGCCCCUCCUCUCGGCCCUCGAGUCCGCCGAGCGCGCCGGCACCACCCCCGGCACCACCGCCGGUUCCGCUGUAUCCUCCGCAUCACCCGCCAGAUCGCCCAACGAGUCGCCGCCGCCGCCGGCGAACUCGGCGCAAUGGUCCUGGGAAGAGCGCUAUCUCGUCCUCCUCUGGCUCUCCCACCUCCUCCUCGCCCCCUUCGACCUCUCCAGCAUCUCCUCCGCCUCCGCCGACCCGGACCUCACCCUCCCCGAGAUCCCCGGCUUUGAAUGGCCCGAGAACCUCCCCGGCAUCACCGUCCGCAUCCUCCCCCUCGCCAUCAAGUAUCUCGCCUCGUCCGGCAAAGAGCGCGACGGCGCCCGCGCCCUGCUCGUCCGCGUCGCCAUGCGCCGCGACAUGCAGUCCCUAGGCGUCCUCUCCGCCUUGGUGCGCUGGUCCCUCGCCUCCCUGACCCCUGACCGGUCCGCCCCGCCGCAGCCGCCGUAUUUCUACAUCGGCAUCCUCUCCUUCCUCGCCGGCGUCCUCCGUUCCUCCAUAAACACCUCCGACAUGGACGCCUACCUCUCGCCCAUCUUCCUCGCCGCACACUCGGUCGCGUCCGCCGAGGCCGCCGCCGCGGGAGGGGGAAACGUCAUCGUUGCGGCCUCCGUCCGCUCCUCCGCCGUCGCCCGCAAGAUGCUCAUCAAGGUCAUCCGCUCCGUCACCGUCCUCCUCCUCCGCAAAACCCCGCCCGACCCGCACAGCACCGAGCUCAUCGAGACCUCCAUCGGCCACCUCCUCGAGUGCCUCGCCGACAACGACACCCCGGUCCGUCUCGCCGCCUCCAAGGCCCUCAGCAUCGUCACCCUGAAGCUCGACCCGGACAUGGCCUCCCAGGUCGUCGACGCCGUCCUCGACUCCCUCAACCGCAACGUCCUCUGGACCCGCGACCCCGGCACCAAGACCUCCACCCGCGACCUCGCCGCCGUCGAUCCCCUCGAGUGGCACGGCUUGAUGCUCACCCUCUCCCACCUCCUCUACCGCCGCUCUCCGCCCGCAUCGCAGCUCCCGGACAUCGUCCACGGGCUCCUCCUCGGCCUCUCCUUCGAGAAGCGCAGCACCUCGGGCGGCUCCGUCGGCACCAACGUCCGCGACGCCGCCUGCUUCGGCAUCUGGGCCCUCGCCCGGCGCUACACUACCGCCGAGCUGCUCCGGGUCCCCACCGCCGCCGUCGUCGCCGCCCGCGUGCAUGACGCGGGCGUCUCCAUCCUCCAGGUCCUCGCCACCGAGCUCGUCGUCGCCGCGGCCCUCGACUCCGCCGGCAACAUCCGCCGCGGCUCCUCCGCCGCCCUGCAGGAGCUCAUCGGCCGGCACCCGGACACCGUGGAGAAGGGCAUCUGGGUGGUGCAGGCCGUCGACUACCACACCGUCGCCUUGCGGUCCCGCGCCGUCCACGAGGUGGCCCUCAGCGCCACAAAGCUCUCCUCGCAGUACGGCGCCGCGCUGCUGGAUGGGCUGCUGGGCUGGCGGGGCAUAGGUGGCGCCGACGCCGGCGCGAGACGUGACACCGGCGCAUCUUUUGGCACGCUUACGAUGGAGCUUUCAAGGCAAGACCCGUCCGGGGGUGUGGAGCAGUUCGCGGCCUCCAUUGACAGAGUCCUCGCUCGCCUACGUACGCUCCAGAACCGCCAGGUCGACGAGAGGCACGGGCUUCUCCUCUGCCUCGCCGCCGUGCUGGACAAGUUUCCGGAGCUGGUCGCGGGCAGGCAGCCCGUCGACAGCGUCACCCAUCUCACGCAGCGCAUCAUCCGCGAACUGGAGACGAUAUUCAAGGACUUCCGGACGACGACAUAUCGCAAACCGGAACUGGUCGCCGAGGCGGCCAGCCGGCUGAUUACUUCGUCCUUGCCUAUCCUACAAGUGGCGACGACACCUGAUAGCGCCUACACGUACUUACAACCAGGUUUCAAGGUCGUGUCGACCGAAAGCAUCAGCGACCUGCUCGCAGCCAUGAAGGCGGUCGACGCCCUCGACAAGAUCCCCGAUAACUUGGCUACUCUAGUAUCGACUUUCAACUACGUAGUCGACGCAGGCCUCGCCCGUCCAGAAAAGGAAGCCAUCGCCGCGUCCUCCGAGGCCUCCCUCGUACUCCUCAUAUUUUCCCGCGCCGAGGAGCGCAGGCGCAUCAUCGAGGGGUGGGCGAGCGCCGUCCGACAGCGACCGACGUCGCGCACGGCAAACGACACCGGCGUCCUCUUCGCCCUGACGAUGGCCUACCCCGUCACCACCACCUUUGGCGCCCCUCAGGCAGAAGGGCAGGGCCUGGUCUGCGACACCAUCCUCACGAGGUGGGCCAGCGACAACGACAUCGAAACGCGCGUGGCGAUUCUGCAGAGCCUGUCGCAGAGCGGCAUGCUUCACGACCGGGCCUUGGUGUUUCUGGAUCUGCUGGCGGAGGGCCUGAACGACUAUACCACCAACGCGAGGGGAGACGUGGGCUCCCACGUCAGGCUCGAGGCGCUCCGGGCCACAAAAUCGCUGUGGAAGGCCGCCUUUGUGGAGGUCAGUUCCGGUGGUGGUGGCGACGGCGAUGCGGCUUCCGACAGGGUCGACGCGUGGUUGCCCUUGGCAGUCUCAAUGCUGUUCCUCAGAACCCUGCGGCUGGCUGCCGAGAAGCUGGAUCGCGUCCGCACCGAGGCGCAUGCGGUCCUUGCUUUAAACCUAGAAUCAAGUUUCGCAUCGGGUUUUGCCAAGCUCACUUACUCGUCAAAGGAGUACUUCCGGACGCUGCUCGACUUAUACUCGUCGGAUGCGGGCCUGCACCCUCGAAUCUCAAAGCCGGCCAAGGCCGACGCGGGCGCAUGGAUGGCCGAGCUGCUCGCGGGCUACGUCACCUCCGCCGACACUGGCAAUGAAGACCUGGUGAUCGCGUCCCGCGCGGCACUGGCCGACUUCUGCGCUGUGUCGCCGCAAAACCUGACCGCCGUCUGCACCGCGCUGGUGAGCAACGUCAAGACCAGGCAGGGGCAGGGGCAGGACCGCGUCGUAGUGCCGACGCUAGAGAUCGUGGCGUUCCUUUGCCACGUCGGGCUUUUCCAGAAGUGUCCGUACGUCGACGUGCGGCACUUGUGCCUGCAGGUCCAGAAGGCGGGGUACAAGACGGGCAGCGUGAGGAAGCUGGAGGCCUGCAUCAAGGUCUACGGUUGCGUGGCUGGGCUCGCAGAGGAGAGCGAGGAGGCUGGUCCGGACCCUGUAACGGUAGCGCUGGGAGAUAGGAGACGCGCCGGCAUCCUGGAGGCCAGGAAGAGGCUGGCUGCUUUGAUGUUUCACCCCUGGCCCAGGGUAAGAAGCCUUGUUGUCGACGAACUGUGGAAACUAUUCGGUGAGAGCGGUCGUGCGGACUCCUUGAAGAGCGUCGACUGGAGCAAAGCCGACAAAGCGUCCCUUACCCUCGUUGUGGACCAGCUUGGUCUAAGACAGGCAGGAUAA